UUUAUUUCUGUUACAUUUUCUGAUUAGAUGCAACUUCAGCCUGACGUUUUUUUUAUUGGUGAGUAUUGUAGGAAAAAUAAUUAAAGAAUUAAUUGGCUAGGAGGAAUAAAAUUCUUAUAUUUUUUAAUUUAUUUUUAUUUUCAUAUUUUUUGUUUGAAGAGUAAUUUAUUUUUAAUAUAAAUUUUAAGUAUUUAUAAUAUAUUUUUAAAUAAAAGAAGAUUAUUUUUAUAAAAAAAAUAAAAACAUUUUUAUCAGAACAAAGACAACAAAAAGGGAGGAAGGGAGAUUUAAUUUUCUGAGUUUCAUAAUAUACCCUGGCUCAUUUUUAUUUCUUAAAUAAUUGACAACGUGUCAAAAUUUCAUUAUUUCUUAAAUUGACAACGUGUCAAAAUUUCAUUGACCAAGUAAUUAAAAGUACACAGUUUGGGUAAUUGGGUGGAGCCUCUUCCACGAGGGGCACAAAUAAAGUGGGCCCGGAAGCUGACGUGGUGGACUUGGAGCAUCCAGAGACCCCCUGCCUGGGCACGACACCAUUCCCAAAAUGCGAGAAACUCGAGACUCACUGUAGCCGAACCUCCACUCGAUCACACGAUUCACACCCAGCACAUGUUAGUCCUCAACCCUUCCUUCGAGCCAUGGCGUUUUCUCUUCUUCUAUCGUCGGCGUUCUCUUGUCCUCCUUUCCUCUCGUUGAAGCCUCAUCUUUUACGACCUCCUGGCUUCGCUUCUUCAUUCCCGAAUCUUCGAAAAAGUUUCCACCAGAGAAGGAUUAGAAAGGGGGCGUGCAGGGCGGAGUUGUCGCAGGACGCACCUUUCGCGAUUGCGAUCGGCGCUUGUAUGCUCAAUUCUCUAGUGUUUCCAAUCACUUCUGGUGCGGAUGAUGAUGGCGACACUGUAAUUGAUUCUACUGAUGCGCGGUUCGCGGUGAUGGGGAUCAUAAGUUUCAUACCUUACUUCAAUUGGCUGAGUUGGGUGUUCGCCUGGAUGGAUACUGGGAAAAGGCGCUACAUUAUUUAUUCGAUCGUGUACUUGGCUCCCUAUCUCAGGUCAAAUUUGUCACUACUGCCUGAGGACAGCUGGCUGCCCAUUGCAAGCAUUGUUUUCUGCAUCAUUCACAUUCAGCUGGAAGCAAGCAUCAGAAAUGGAGAUAUUCAGGGCUUUCAACUAUUUAGUGGGGUUGAGAAACAUCUUUCAUCGAUAACUGGAAAGAAGAAUACUUUGAAGGAUCAUCAAGGAACCACUAAGGAGGGGAAAAGGAAAGAGCACACAGGCCUGCCUUCGGCUGAAGAACAAUCGAGAAAUGAGAUUCGGCAGUGGGGUGUUCCUAGAAAACCCUCACAAGAGCCUGAACACUUGAAUGAAGAUGAGGGUGAAGAUGACAGAAGGCAAUGGUAGAAAGUCAAGAAUCGCAUUAGGGGACUGUAUUGUAAUAUUUGGCAAUUAGCCCGUUCUCUCUUUCCAAAACAUAAACGCCAUUGACAAGAACUCUCAGGCACACAACAGCAGCAACAAUACCGGAAAAGCAAGCUUACCUGAGAGCAAAGGAAGUCAUUAUAAUGUUACUGCCGGUCAGUUCAGGCAGCUCAUUUUUACUGGAAAGCCCGUAAGGGGUGGGAUUAAUGUGUUAUUACUUAUUACUGCCUCCUGUGUUGAAAUGGCUAAAUCUUUGGAUACCCA